AUUUUUUUUAUCCGUGAUAUAUUUUCCAAGUUAAAAUAUUUUUCCAAAUUUUCGUAACAAUAAAUAUGUUACAAUUGUAGCUAUUGAUUACCCAUCUGAUUAAUUUCCUUUGAUAUUUUUGUUGUAAUUGUGGUAUAAUUUUCAAAAUGUAUUAUGACAAAUUCGUACGGUUUAGUGUUAUGUUGUUUACAGAUAAUUUUUAUAAGAUAAAAGUACCUUUUAAAUUUUUGAAAAUCAGAAUUUAUAGUAUGAUAUAAAAAAUUUUGAAUAAAAAAAAUCCUUAGUAUAUAAAAAAAGUAACAGUUUAAGUCUUACUAAGUAAUAUGGCUACUAAUGAUGAAAAUAAUGAUGAAAAUGAUGAAGCUGAAGAACUAAGAUUUUUAGCUUUACAAUCUAUGGUAAGACGGUCAAUGAAAAAUAAAGUGAAUACAAAUGAAACUGACGAUCAAGAUAUACGAUUACUAAGAGCAGCAGCCCUUAAGUCUAUAACUCAUAGAAACAAUACUCAAAAUAAUCGAUUAUCCUUGAAAGAUGAUAAGCUUGUAAAAACCCAAUUAAUAAAUGAUAAAAAAAGAAGCUUACCAGAAUGUCCAUUAGGAAGAAAAAAAAUGUUAAUAUCAAAUGAAAGUAAAAUUAACAACUCAGUAGAACAUAUAAAUAAAAAAAAUCCUGGAGUUAAUAAUUUUGAACUAAAACAUAAACCCAUACUUGAACCUAAGGCUGAAUCUCAAAGUAACCCAGCUACUGUAAAUAAAGGUGAUGUAAAAAAAAUUGUAAGAAAUGGCAGUAUACAACUUUCAAAUUUGGAUUCAGAAAAAUUUGAUGAAACUAUGAUAUUGCAUAUAACAUUUAGUUCAUCCGAAAGUGAUGAUUCAUCUACAGAAUGUGACACCAUUAAAAAUGCAAAAUUACAAAACAAUAUAACACAUCGAAAUAUCAACAAUGGUGUAAUAAGACCAACAGUUCCAAUAACUAAAAUUGUAGAUAAUCAUUCUAAGACUGCUCACACUAACCCAUUAGAUGAUAAUAAAUCAAAAAUUAAUAGUUGUAUGGAAAAAAUGUGUGGGCUUAUGAGAAACUGUGAAUCAGAAAUCGAAAAACGUGAUGAACAAAUAAAAAUAUUAUUAGAAGCAUAUGAAAAGUAUCAAACUUACAAUGAAUCAUUACGUUCUAUACUUCAAUCAAUGAAAAAUGUUAGAGAUGAAUUAUCAAUAUAUAAUUCUGCUGAACUCAAUAAUGCAGAAAAUUAAUUCAUCUGAGCCAUAGUUUAAACUGUAAAUACUUAACUUAAUUUCAAAAGUAUCAAUGACCUGAUUGUAAUAUUUGUUUUUAUCCCUGAAAAAUUAUUUAUUUAUAUUAUGUUAUGUUAUUUAAUAUUAAUCAUUUUUGUUUGAAAUGUAAUUUAAAUGUGAUAAAAAUUGUACCUAGCAUUUUAUUUUUAAGAAGUCAACUUCAUUUUGAUUGCCAUAAGUUACUUUUGUUAUUGAUUAGUUAUAAGUUUUUAAUUGAUAAAAUUUCCAACUGAAA